AUGGAAGCCAGCUCGAACAAUUCAAAAGAUUUCUUCAUAGCUCGAUUGUUGGUGGUAACGAUUCGACAGUUCUUCAAUAGCACCUCUUUACAUGGAUUCAAAUACCUAAUUAAACUUGGAAUUUCAACUUUUGAAAAAUUACUUUGGUAUGUGAUUCAAUUGUGCGCAUUGGCCGGAGCAGGCUAUAUAUUUCUAUAUGCUCUAGAUGGUUUUGUGUCAAAGCCAACCGUAACGUCAUUAGAAACGCUUGAUCAUCCCAUUUGGGAGAUUCCGUUUCCAGCUGUCUCGGUGUGUUCUGUAAAUAAAAUAAGUCGUAGUCGUGCCAUGGAGUAUGCAAUUGAACUUUCAAAGAAGACCAAAAAUCACACAUUCGAUUGGUUAUUUCGAAAUAUUCGACAUUUGGGCUAUACUUUGGAUUUCAAUACCGAAUUUUACGACGAAUACAUAAUUUUCCAAGAUUUGCUCGACGUCAUCGAUAUAAAUAAUCAAACAAAAGUCUAUGAUACACAAGAAAAAUUCGAAUUCAAGAUUACUCCGAAAUGUGAAGAUCUGUUGGUUCGAUGUCGAUGGGGAAAUUCACCACACAUUGACUGUAUGAAGUUGUUUAAAUUCCGUAAAACACGCGAUGGAUACUGUUGCCUUUUUAAUUAUGUACGACAAUUCAAUACGCUAUCAACACAAGAUGUUGAGAAGCCGCUCAAAACAGGAUAUACGGGUUCCGACGUUGGAUUAACCGUCAUUUUGAAUACAACAACAUCCGAUUACUAUUUCUCAACCGGUGAUCAUGUUGGAUAUACUAUUCAAAUAUUCAAUCCAUCUGAUUUUGCCGAUGUGCAGAAUGGAGGCCUUACACAAUUGUUUGUCGACGCGAACACGAAAGCCAAUUUCAAGCUAAUACCCACAACUAUCGAAUCGGAAUCUGCCAUCGCACAGUAUUCGCCGAUACAACGCGGAUGCUUAUUUGAACAUGAACUUUUUGAACAGUACGCCGGCCAUUAUUCGUUUGUCGACUGUCUCUUGAAGUGCAAACUACGCAGCAUUAUUGCAAUGUGCGGAUGCAUGCCAUUUUUUCUACCCACAAAUUUCCCGGAUGGGACGUUCACACCGGUUAAAUGUACACUCGCUCACAACAAGUGCUUGGAGCGCAUAAAAUAUGUGAUAAGCUCGUAUACCAUUCCAAACACUGAAAAGCCAUCGGAUGGCACUAUAGAAUGUUUGCAAUGUCUGCCAAUUUGUUCGAAAACAAAUUUCCGUGUGGAAGCGUCCUAUUAUGAAUUGGAUAGAAAUGGACUGAAAGAAAGUACCAUGCCAAUGUUGAAAAAUUUAACGACCUUUGAUGAUAUAGCCAUUGUGCACAUUUAUUAUCCACUAGUUGAUUCAACAUUGUUCAGAGCAGACGUUUUGAUGACAUGGCAGGAGAUUGUCAGCAAUUUCGGAGGUUUAUUGGGAUUGUGUUUGGGAUUUUCGUUAGUUAAUCUUGUUGAGAUUGUUUAUUUUGCUACAAUAAAACUGUAUCAAAAUAUUUCCUUGGUCAAUGGACAGCAAAAGAUGAAGGCGAUUCAACAAAAUUCCAGAUUAACGAAGGAAGACAAACGAAUCCGUGAAAUGUAUGUGAAUGACUUUAAAGUGAAUGACAUCAAAGUAUUUCGUCAUCGAACCUAA